AUGCAUAAUAGGAUACACAGAGGGGAGAAACUUUAUGAAUGUACUGAUUGUGGGAAAACUUUCACAAAUAGGUCAGGCCUCACAGUUCAUCAGAGGUUACACACAGGGCAGAAACCCUAUGAAUGCAUUGACUGUAGAAAAGCCUUUAGAUAUAGGUCAGGCCUCACAGUACAUCAGAGAACACACACAGGGGGGAAACCCUAUGAAUGUAAUGAAUGUGGAAAAAAAUUCUGUGAGAAGUCAAGUCUUCGUGUACAUCAGAGAACACACACAGGGGAGAAACCCUAUGAGUGUAAUGAAUGUGGAAAAACUUUUCUCUACAAUUCAUUCCUGGUGGUACAUCAAAGGAUACACACAGGUCCAGAUUUUGUUAAUCAUCGGAGAACUCAUACUGGGGAGAAACCCUAUGAAUGUAAUGAAUGUGGGAAAUACUUCUCUGUAAAGUCAAAACUUAGUGUUCAUCAGAGAGCUCACACAGGGGAAAAACCAAAUGAAUGUAGUGAAUGUGGAAAAACCUUCUUCCAGAAGUCAUCUCUCAUAGUACAUCAGAGAAUACACCCAGGGGAGAAACCUUAUAAAUGUAAUGAAUGUGGAAAAACUUUUUCCCAGAAGUCAUCCCUGACAGUACAUCAGAAAACACACAAAGAGGAGAAACCAUUUGAGUGUAUUCAGUGUAGGAAAACAUUUUAUCAGAAAUGUUUAACUCUCAGUAAACAUCAGAGAACUCACACAGGAGAGAAACUUCAUAAAUGUAACGAAUGUGGUAAGACUUUUUAUCACAAGUCAUCCCUCACAGUACACCAGAGAACUCACACAGGGGAGAAACCCUACAAAUGUAAUAAAUGUGGGAAAACCUUCUACCAGAGGUCAUCUCUCACAGCACAUCAGAAAACACACACAAAGCAGAAAUCCUGUGAAUCUACAGAUGUGGGAAAGCCUUUUACCAGAAUUCAGAGUUCACUAAUCAAAGAACUUACACAGAGAAGAAAUUCUUGUCAGUAUCCUGAAAGUCCAGAAGCCUUUUCUUACUUGACUUACUCAGUAUACAUCAGAAGUAGUGAAGAGGAGAAACUUAAUAAAUAUGGAAAAUCUUUUACCCAGAAAUAA